AUGCAGUGGUAUCUCCUUACCAUACUUUUCCUUUUUGAUGGUGUUCCUUUAAAAGCAUUAGCAGCAGACAAUACUGGGUUAGAAAAUCAAGAAACGAAUGGUUUUACUGACGCUCAGAAGACAUUCCAAGAAGAAAUGCUGAAGGCUCACAAUAAUUAUAGAAAGCAACAUUGUGUGCCGUCACUUGUACUCGAUGAUGGUCUUAGCCGAGGCGCUCAAUCCUAUGCUAAGACUCUUGUCAAAACCAACGUAUUUGCUCACAGCACGGAUAGGGAUAAUGUUGGCGAAAAUCUUUAUAAAAAGUCCAGCUCAAAGGCUCUUAAAUUGACUGGUGAUAAACCGACAGACUCCUGGUACAAUGAAAUCAAAGAUUACGACUUUAACAAGCCUGGGUUUUCGUCUGCAGCAGGUCAUUUGACUCAAGUUUUAUGGAAAAAUUCAAAUAAACUCGGCGUUGGGAUUGCAUACAGUGCCGAUGAGCGUAUUGUUUAUGUCGUGGCUCGAUACUCACCAGCGGGCAAUGUUCUUGAGCAGUUCGACGAAAACGUCUUGUCAAAAUGCUCUUAA